AUGCUUCCUGAAAGGAAUGGGUGUCUAAAGCAGGGCCUGUUGGGAGACCACUGUUUCUACACCAUUGAGCCAGGGCGCAUUGCUGAGCUCCGGUUUCACCCAUUGGAGAGCAAAUUGCAGUUUGGGCCCCGGAGGCUCCUCUGGGCGCGGGCGGCAGCCGCGCCCCCCGGCAAACCACCAGGCGCUGUUGCAACGGCCGAAUGCGACAGUAACUUCGUGCUGGGCAACGCCCAGGUGGCAGGGCUCUUUCCUGUGGUCUACUGCUCUGAUGGCUUCUGUGACCUCACGGGCUUCUCCAGGGCUGAGGUCAUGCAGCGGGGCUGUGCCUGCUCCUUCCUCUAUGGGCCAGACACCAGUGAGCUGGUCCGUCAACAGAUCCGCAAGGCCCUGGAUGAGCACAAAGAGUUCAAGGCUGAACUGAUCCUGUACCGGAAGAGCGGGCUUCCAUUCUGGUGUCUCCUGGAUGUGAUACCUAUAAAAAAUGAGAAAGGGGAGGUGGCCCUCUUCCUGGUCUCUCACAAGGACAUCAGUGAUACCAAGAACCGAGGAGGCCCUGACAACUGGAAGGAAAGAGGUGGUGGCCGGCGCCGAUAUGGUCGGGCAGGAACCAAAGGCUUUAAUGCCAAUCGGCGGCGGAGCCGAGCUGUUCUCUACCACCUCUCUGGCCAUCUGCAGAAGCAGCCUAAGGGCAAGCACAAGCUCAAUAAGGGAGUGUUUGGAGAGAAGCCAAAUUUGCCUGAAUAUAAAGUCGCAGCCAUCCGGAAGUCACCCUUCAUCCUGCUGCACUGUGGGGCUCUGAGAGCCACCUGGGAUGGUUUUAUCCUGCUUGCCACACUCUACGUGGCCGUCACUGUGCCAUACAGCGUGUGUGUGAGCACAGCACGGGAGCCCAGUGCUGCCCGUGGCCCACCUAGUGUCUGUGACCUGGCGGUGGAGGUCCUCUUCAUCCUUGAUAUUGUGCUGAAUUUUCGAACCACAUUCGUGUCCAAGUCAGGCCAGGUGGUAUUUGCCCCAAAGUCUAUUUGCCUCCACUACGUCACCACCUGGUUCCUGCUGGAUGUCAUAGCAGCCCUGCCUUUUGACUUACUACAUGCCUUCAAGGUCAACGUGGUCAGUGUGGCUGGGCUGGCUCACCUGCUGAAGACUGUGAGGCUGCUACGCCUGCUGCGUCUGCUGCCAAGACUGGACCGGUACUCACAGUACAGCGCCGUUGUGCUCACCUUGCUCAUGGCUGUGUUCGCGCUGCUCGCCCACUGGGUGGCCUGCAUCUGGUUCUACAUCGGCCAACAGGAGAUUGAGAGCAGUGUUGUGCUCACCUUGCUCAUGGCUGUGUUCGCGCUGCUCGCCCAUUGGGUGGCCUGCAUCUGGUUCUACAUCGGCCAACAGGAGAUUGAGAGCAGCGAAUCGGAGCUGCCUGAGAUCGGCUGGCUGCAGGAGCUGGCUCGCAGGCUGGAGACCCCCUACUAUGGGCUGGAACUUCUGGGUGGUCCAUCCCUACGCAGCGCCUAUAUCACCUCCCUGUACUUUGCGCUCAGCAGUCUGACCAGUGUGGGCUUUGGCAAUGUGUCUGCUAACACAGACACUGAGAAGAUCUUCUCCAUCUGCACCAUGCUGAUUGGAGCCUUGAUGCAUGCAGUGGUGUUUGGGAAUGUGACAGCCAUUAUCCAGCGCAUGUACGCUCGCCGAUUUCUGUACCACAGCCGCACCCGUGACCUGCGAGACUACAUCCGCAUCCACCGCAUCCCCAAGCCCCUCAAGCAACGCAUGCUUGAGUACUUCCAAGCCACCUGGGCUGUGAACAAUGGCAUCGACACCACUGAGCUGCUGCAGAGCCUCCCAGAUGAGCUUCGAGCAGACAUCGCCAUGCACCUGCACAAGGAGGUCCUACAGCUGCCGUUAUUCGAGGCAGCAAGCCGUGGCUGCCUGCGGGCACUGUCGCUGGCACUGAGGCCUGCCUUCUGCACACCUGGCGAGUACCUCAUUCACCAAGGUGACGCCCUCCAGGCCCUCUACUUCGUCUGCUCAGGUUCCAUGGAGGUCCUCAAAGGUGGCACCGUGCUCGCCAUUCUAGGGAAGGGUGAUCUGAUCGGCUGUGAGCUGCCUCAGCGUGAGCAAGUAGUGAAGGCCAAUGCAGACGUGAAGGGGCUGACAUACUGCGUCCUACAGUGUCUGCAGCUGGCUGGGUUGCAUGAGAGCCUCGCCCUGUACCCUGAGUUUGCCCCACGCUUUAGCCGUGGCCUCCGAGGGGAGCUCAGCUACAACUUGGGGGCUGGGGGAGUCUCUACAGAGGUGGAUACCAGCUCCCUGAGUGGUGACAACACCCUCAUGUCCACACUGGAGGAGAAGGAGACAGAUGGGGAGCAGGGACACACAGUCUCACCAGCCCCAGCAGAUGAGCCCGCCAGUCCCCUGCUGUCACCUGGUUGCACCUCCUCCUCCUCAGCCGCCAAACUACUGUCCCCACGUCGAACUGCACCCCGGCCACGUCUAGGUGCCAGAGGGCGGCCAAGUAGGGCAGGGGUUUUGAAGCCUGAGGCUGGCCCCUCUGCUCAUCCAAGGACCCUAGAUGGGCUGCGGUUGCCCCCAAUGCCAUGGAAUGUACCCCCAGACCUGAGUCCCAGGGUCGUAGAUGGCAUUGAGGAUGGCUGUGGCUCUGACCAGCACAAGUUCUCUUUCCGAGUGGAGAGUGGCCUGCUCACCGUCCCCUUGGGGCCCAGUGAAGCCAGGAGCACAGACACACUGGACAAGCUGCGACAGGCGGUGAUGGAGCUGUCUGAACAGGUGCUGCAAAUGCGAGAGGGACUUCAGUCACUUCGCCAGGCUGUGCAACUCAUCCUGGUGCCCCAAGGGGAAGGCCAGUGUCCCCGGGUAUCAGGAGAGGGGCCAUGCCCAGCUACUGCCUCUGGGCUCCUACAGCCGCUGCGUGUGGACACUGGGGCAUCCUCUUACUGCCUGCAGCCCCCAGCAGGUUCUGUCUUGAGUGGGACCUGGCCUCACCCUCGUCCAGGGCAUCCCCCUCCCCUCAUGGCCCCCUGGCCCUGGGGUCCCCCAGCAUCUCAGAGCUCCCCUUGGCCUCGAGCCACAGCUUUAUGGACCUCCACAUCAGACUCGGAGCCCCCUGGCUCUGGAGAUCUCUGCUCUGAGCCAAGCACCCCAGCAUCACCCCCUCCUUCUGAGGAAGGAGCUAGGACUGGGACCCCAGCACCUGUGAGCCAGGCUGAGGCUACUAGUACUGGAGAGCCCCCUCCGGGGUCAGGGAGCCGGGCCUUGCCCUGGGAUCCCCACAGCCUAGAGAUGGUGCUCAUUGGAUGCCACGGUCCUGGCACAGUCCAGUGGACCCAGGAAGAAGGCACAGGGGUCUGA